GUAUUGAUGUCAUUACAGAUGUGUAUCAGAACUUUCAGCAUGACAUCAUAAGUUGGACCUGUCUCUCCCUCCCUUCCUUACUCUCUCCAUCUGUCAGUCAUCAGAGCACAAGGAGUCAGACAGUGGAUAACAGCCACCUCCAUCCACACACACACACAGCAUCGGGAGCUGGAGGGACCCCAGUCUCUGAGACCAGUGACAGCAAGUGGCAGCUUCUGCGUCAUCCAAGGAUACCGGAGCUUGUGCUUAUUCCCAGCACUCUACAGAGGUGAUUACAUUUUUUGCCAAAGCUACUAAUGAUGUCCCUCCUUUCAUUGUCCCUCAUAUUCAUCUUGUUUGGGGGUUCGCUCUCUGCUCCUCGAACCACCACACAGCCGCAGUGCCCAGAGGCAGAAGGGAUCCAACACUUGCUGAAACGCCUGCUUAUUUUGGAAAAGUUGGUGAGGGACAUAAAGGGACAAUGUUCACCACCCUGCUGUGGCAAUGUGCAGAGUGGUGCCGAUGACCCUUCCAGUCUCAAGCCUGUUCCUUGCCCCCAAAACGCUGAUGACUGCCCAGGGGGCUGUGGAGGUGAUGAGAGGGGUACUUGUGUCGACGGGCAGUGCCAGUGUAAAGAAGGCUUCAUGGGAGACAAAUGCCAGCUGAAGACCUGCCCCGAGGACUGCAAUGACCAAGGCCGAUGCAAAAAUGGACGUUGCAUCUGCUUUGAAGGAUAUUCUGGUGUAUCUUGCGGCAUCAAAGCUUGUCUAAACAACUGUCACAAUAACGGACAGUGCCAAGAUGGAGUUUGCAUUUGCGACCCUGGAUUUUCCGGUGAAGACUGCAGCUCUCGAGUCUGCCCCAGGAACUGUCUCAAACGGGGAAGAUGCGAAAAUGGAAUUUGCGUUUGCUAUUCAGGAUAUGCAGGGGUGGACUGCGGCUCUAGAAACUGCCCCAAUAAUUGCAAUGACCGGGGCGACUGUGAGGAUGGCGCCUGCGUGUGUGACACUGGUUUCACCGGACCAGACUGUGGCACCAGAAGCUGCCUCCAUGACUGUAAUGACAAUGGCAAAUGCGUUGAUGGGGUCUGCGUUUGUAACCCUGGGUACUCUGGGGAGGAUUGUGGGUAUAAGGGUUGUCCUGAAGAUUGUAACGAACAGGGUCAGUGCAUUUCUGGAAAGUGCGUGUGUGAUGCUGGAUUUGUCGGGCCAGACUGCGGCACUAGAAUUUGUUCGCCAGAAUGCGAGAGAAGGGGCAGAUGUGAAGAUGGUGAGUGCAUCUGUAACCCGGGCUUCACAGGGCCAGAUUGCGAGAUCAUAACUUGCCCCAAUGACUGUCACAAACAAGGCCGCUGUGAUGAUGGGAAGUGUAUAUGUGAUCCUGGCUACACAGGCCCGGACUGUGCAUUAAAGGACUGCCCCAACAAAUGCAACAACCGGGGCCGAUGUCAAAAUGGCAUUUGUAUUUGCAACCCUGGAUUUACUGGGCCGGACUGUGGAUCCAAAGCCUGCCCCAAAAACUGUAGCGGAAAUGGGCAAUGCAUCAAUGGCAAAUGCAUUUGUAAUGCUGGGUUUAUUGGCCCAGUGUGUGGGACCAGAUCUUGCCCCGCUGAGUGCUCCAACCAUGGCCGUUGUGUUAGGGGCAUUUGCGUCUGCUCGCCUGGUUACACAGGAGUGGAUUGUAGCAUCAGGACUUGCCCCAAAAAUUGCCACGACCAAGGUCGAUGUGAAGGAGGUGUGUGUUUUUGUGACCCUGCAUAUACUGGUCUGGAUUGUGGAACUAAGAGAUGCCCCAAUGACUGCUAUGACCGGGGACACUGUGAAGAUGGCUUAUGUGUUUGUGACUAUGGAUUUACUGGGCAGGACUGCAGGUCUAGAACCUGCCCCAAUGACUGCUAUAACAGGGGUCAAUGUGAAAAUGGGGUCUGUGUUUGUGAUGCUGGAUAUAGAGGAGAGGACUGCAACAUCAGAACUUGCCCCAACGACUGUAACGAUCGGGGGCGAUGUGAAGAUGGGGUAUGCGCCUGUAAAUUUGGAUACACUGGUCUAGAUUGCAGUUCUAGUAGCUGCCCCAAUGAUUGUUACAACCAUGGUAGGUGUGAAGACGGUGAAUGUAUUUGUGAAUCUGGAUAUACUGGUCAGGACUGUGCCCUCAGAACAUGUCCUGAAAAUUGCAAUGACCGUGGCACCUGUGAUGAUGGGAAGUGCAUUUGUUAUUCUGGAUACACAGGUCCCAACUGUGGAUCCAGAACUUGUCCCAAUGACUGUAAGGGCAGGGGUCGGUGUGAAGAUGGCAUUUGCAUAUGUGAUCCUGGAUAUACAGACAUAGACUGCGGACUAAAAACAUGUCUAAAUGAGUGUCAGAACCAAGGACAAUGUGAUGAUGGGGUAUGUGUCUGUAAUUAUGGAUACACCGGCCCAGACUGUAGUGAAAGAACUUGUCCAGAGAACUGCAAUAACCAUGGAAGUUGUGAUAAUGGAAAAUGUGCCUGUGAUCCUGGCUAUGUCGGUUCGAACUGCGGCUCUCAAGCUUGCCCAGAAAAUUGCCAUGUCCAUGGACAGUGCCAAGAUGGAGUCUGUAUCUGUAACUCUGGUUUUACAGGGCUUGAUUGUUCAUCCAAAGCCUGUCCUAAAAACUGUAACAACAACGGGCAGUGUGUCAAUGGAAAGUGUGUCUGUGAUGCCAGUUUCACCGGACCGGUCUGUGGUACAAAAGCCUGUCCAGAUAACUGCAGUGGACGUGGCAAAUGUGUGAACGGGGUCUGCACGUGUAAGAAGGGGUAUACCGGCCCAGACUGUGCAAUGGAAGUCAUAGACAUCGGCGCUGUCACUGGUCUUCAGGUGAUAUCACAGGAAGAAUCCGCUAUCACCCUGGAGUGGGAUCAGCCACAAGCUGCCCCUGAUUCCUAUGACAUCUCUUUCAAAGCCAAGAAGGAAAAUGGCGUUAUAACCACCACGAUCGAGGGUUCAUUGAUCUCCUACUAUCAGACUGGGUUGGCUCCUGGAGAAGAAUAUAUUGUGAAUAUCCAACCCCGCAAAGGCUCAACGUUAGGACCGGAAACUUCUAUAACUGCCAAGACAAGAAUUGAAGCACCACGUGGACUCCGUGUGACUGAUGCCACCUCCUCCUCUUUAUUCAUAAGAUGGGAUAAACCCCAAUUUCUACCUGAUCGAUAUAUUGUGACUCUGAUCCAUCCGAAUGGCAAGGAAAAGAAAAUAAGGAUCCCUGGAAAGAUGGACAGAGCAAAAGUCUCCGGACUGGAGGCAGAUAUAGAAUACAAAAUCAUACUUAGAGCAGAGAAGGAACAGGAGCAGAGCCAGGACACAGAGGCCACCGCAGUAACAGCUGGAGAAGAAAGAAAGCGGUUGAAUGUUGAGGAGAAAGACAAGGACCGCGGAUCAGUGGGAACCUCUCGUAACGUCGAUACCUCUGAAACUACGAUACAGAGAAAUCAACAAUUUUCAUUGGUACCCAAAAAAGACCUCUCACUAGGAGGGGAGGAUGAUGGUAUUCUUACCAAGGAAACUAGAGAGAUCAUUACAGGAGGACAAAAGGGAAGCAAAUUAAUACACACAACAAAAAACAUAACAACCAUUAUUACAACCAUAUACCAAACCCGUCAUCUUAAGAAUGGAAGAGUAGUUAAUAUUGACCAUGAAACUGAGGAUUUAGAUUACUCUUCUAACAUAACAUCUGACAGUGAAGAGGAGAUUGUAAUAAAAAGUGUAAAGGUGGAUGAUGAUUUAGGCAAAGUAAACCCGCCGGCUAGUAAUAACCACUUACCAGGAAGAAAAGCAGAGAAAUGGAUGAUUACAAAGAACAUUACCCAUAUCACAACAGUUUCUAAAGAAAGUCCAACCACAUUGCAAGAAGGAGAAAUAAAAGAUGUACAUCGAACUACAAGCACCCAGUCUAAAGUUCGCCUUCCUAGUGGUGGACGUCUACCAGAAACUUCCAGUGUUGCCAAAAAGCUUCGGGAGAUUGAAUUGUUGAAAAAGCAAGCAGUAAGUCAGUCUAGUAAUGAUGGGGAACUCACCCAAGUUUAUCCAGAGGGUCCAUCUAGUCCAUCACAACCUGAAGAUACUAUCUAUAAUUUACCACCCACUAUACAUAAGGAUCAUCUGGGUACUUUAGAACGUGAGAUAACACCAGAAGCACCCGCAAAAAGCAAUUUUGAAACGGAACAGACAGCAGCUAAUGAAGAAAAUAAUUUAGGAGAUGAUCAAUCUGAUCCUACAAAAUCCAGAAAGCAGAUUACAACUUUAGUGAAGGUAAACAGAAUUGUUAACACCAACAGAAGAAAAGUAGGUAGAGAUGAGGACAAGGUAGUCUAUAAUGAGACAGUAGCGGUAGGAAGGGGAGAUGCUGUCGGGGAACCUGGAGCAAAGGGCAAGAAUCAAACCAGGAUUUUGGGACCACAUAUGAAGUCUGUAAUUGAGAACUUACCAGAGAAACUUUCUUUAUAUAAUGGAACAUUUAUUCAGCGUUUGGAGAGUUACUUAAGGGCUACAUCAUACCCACUGAGAGGCAACCAAACAGUGGAAUCUGUAUCCAAGGCAAUAUAUCUUUACAUAAUAAAAUGGAAACCGGAUAGUUUUACAGGAAUGGUGUAUGAUCGCCUACCUCAAAAGACUCCAGGUGCCAAGGGGAACUCUGAACCCAUUGGGGCAUCACGAUUGCAAGGCAAUUUUGGAAAUGCAGAUAAUAGUUUGCCUAAUUUAGGCAAUACUACACAUCAAUCAAAGGAGGGACCAGUAUUGGGGCCAAAGCCAGACUCUUCAAAAACUGUUUCGCUUCCUCCAAUUGUAAAGACACUAGGAAGAGUGGAAGCUGUUGGAGAUAUAGACGGUUCUUCUUCUGAAGUGACAGAUAAAAAUGUGGAUGUACAACACAAACCAAAAUAUGAAGUAACAAAUAUGAUUGAUCCAGACUCAUCUAAACCUAUUCCUUCCAAGUUUGUAUUAGAUAAAAGUAAAGGUUCAUCUCCAAAAAGGCCUAUCACACCACAGAAAAAAAACGAGAGGAAAGAAGAUGAAAAAAAGUCAAUUUCUGAAAUAAAGAAGGUAGAAGAGACCAACAGUCAAGAUGAGUUGGAAAAGUUCCCACCAAGUUCACAUGCUACGGAUUAUGAAACCCAUUCAAGGAUAAGCAUUUUAGGAAAGCCAACUAAAAAACCCAAAGAGAAGCCUUCUAUAAGCUCUGUGGUACAAAGUGGUUCACCAAAUGUCGACCACAGUCCAGAUACUAGUUUACCUCUCAAGCAAACAGGCGAAAGAGGGCACCUUUUACAAGUCAUAGAUGAACCUAAUAAUAAUCAAGAGAAACCCUUAGUAAUUAAUCAGAUUCCAGACUCUGGUGAAAGUCAAGGUAAAGUGGAUCCAAUCAAAAGUCCAACCUUAGCAAAAGUCCCAGGUCCUGGGACUCAAGGAAGGCCUAGCAUCCACCAGAGAAGUCCCACAAGCAUGGUCAUAUCAUUAGAAGGUCUUGGAUUUCUGUGGGACAGGGUAAUAAUCCUAUAUAGUCCAUGGCCACCCAUGGAUGGUGUCACUCCCCAAAAGAUGGAGGUGGACAGAGGCAUCAGGCAGGUGGAAAUUCAGGAUCUUAGCCCAGGGACCAGCUACAGAUUUGACCUUCAUGGGCUGCUGAGGGGCCGCUCAUCCAAGUCUUACUCGUUGGUGGCGGACACAGCUCCAUUACCCACUAUGCAACCUUCCACUCAGCUGCCAACUGAAAGGAACACUCUGCCACCAACCACAACCAUGGCUUCUACAGUGUCUCCAAGAUUUCCAUUUGGGGGUCUGCAAGUGAGAGACGUUUCGAGUGACAGUGUCACCCUGGUGUGGAAGGCCAAGCCUAAUGUUUUUGAAUCGUUCCUGGUGCGCUAUGAAGACGUGAGUGAUGGCGCCACACCAAAGGAGACCUCUGUUCCUGGGCAGCAGCGUGAGGUGACACUGCGGGAUCUGAAUCAGAACACCAGAUAUGCAGUAUCAGUGUAUGGCAUAAGAGCAGGGAAGCUAUCACGGCCACUGAAGGAAGAGGUGACCACAGAUGCUGCCCCAGAUGGUGAAUCUCCUACGCCUCCUCGUCUUUCUCCAAUAUCCGUAUCAGAUGUGCAGACAGAUUCCUUCCUUCUCACCUGGGUGCCUUUGGAUGGUGAUUUUGAUGCCUUUGUCAUUCAGUAUGGCCCUUCUGGUGGUCCCACCCAGGAGGAGACGCUGCGAGGAGACCAGACAUCUUUCCUGGUCACAGGGCUGCUGCCCAGAGUCAAUUACACCGUACAGAUCCAAGGUGUCUGGGGGGAUAGUUACAGCAAUCCGGAAACUGCCCAUGUAUUUACAGAAAAGCCUCAACCUCCGCGACUGGAGUCGAUUUCCCCAUCAGACAUCCGCAGCGAUUCCGUCCAUCUCACCUGGGAGGUCAAAGGUGGCAACUUUGAUUCAUUUAUUCUUUCUUAUCGGGAUGGAGAUGGACAACCACAAGAAAUUCCUCUGGAAGGAGAUGUGAGGUCUUAUGAUGUGAAAGAAUUAAAGGCCGGGAAGAAAUAUAAAUUUAUCCUAUAUGGCCUAACAGAAGGAAAGAGAACUAAACCGGUGACUGCUGAAAUCAGCACAGAGAAAUCAAUUCCUCCACGUCUGGAGUCACUUUCUGUGUCUGACAUCCUCAGUGACUCCCUCCGUCUCUCCUGGGAAGUAAGUGGAGGGGAAUUCGACUCAUUUCUCCUUCUGUACCGCGAUGCUGAGGGCAAACCCAAGGAAGACACAUUGGAUGGGGAGCAGCGUAAAAUCACCAUUGAAGAUCUGAAACCGGGGAAGAAGUAUAAAUUCAUUCUGUAUGGUAUUACAGGAGCGAAGAGAAGCAAAGCUGUUACAUUGGAGACCACCACAGUCCCAAGAAAAGUUGUCCCAACUGCAGCUAGUACUCUUGUCACUCGUCUGGUGAAUUUUAAGCCCUCAGAAGUGACAAAGGACUCUGUAACAUUGACUUGGCUGGUGGAAGGAAAUGUGCCCUUCGAAUGGAUUGUACUGCAGUAUAGAGAGCCCGAGGGAGGUAUUCGGGAGCUUCUAAUUCAAGGACAAGACACCUUCAUCGUCGUUCAGGGACUGCUACCAUCUCAGAAGUAUGAAUUCACUGUGUACGGACUAAAGGGAAACAAGAGGAGCGAGUCACUGUCCACUGAGGUCCAGACAGGUUAUCCUGAAACUGUUGGUCCUCCUGUUGUCACUGAUCUCUAUAUCUCUCCUCAUGGUCCACAUGCCAUCCAUCUCUCCUGGGAGGCUCUAGAGAGCUCUUUCCAGUCCUUCAUUAUUCGAUACAAAGUCCAAGGUCAGGAUGGGCCACUGAACACUGUGACAGCUGAUGGCAUAGAUAGGAACCUUCUUCUGUCUGGUCUACAACCUGACACUCUCUACACAGUCACAUUACAUGGUAUCCGAGAUGGGAAUGAGCAAAGCAGUAUGCAGAAUACAGGAAGGACAUCACCUCUAGAUCUGGAACCCCCGAAAAACCUUAAAUUCAGCAAUGUGCAGGAGAAAUCAGCCAUCGUCACUUGGGAUCCACCAAAUCCCGACACAACCACCUUUAAAGUGUCUUAUGAGCCAACUGAUGGAGGAGAACCAGAAAGCGUCAGUGUGAGUGGAGGCAGCACAACACUGAAAAGACUGAUUCCAGGAACACAGUAUGAGGUUACUGUUGUUUCAGUUCGAGGUUUUGAAGAAAGUCCACCGCUGACAGGCUCCGUCACCACAGCUGGAGGUGGCCCUCGCUCUUUGCGUGCUCAUGACGUGACAGAAGUGUCAGCUCUUCUGCGUUGGGAAGCACCCACAGGACCUGUGGAUCAGUAUUUAGUAACCUACAGAGCAGAGAACAUUCCACUGACCACCGUACCAGUUCCUGGGGACAGAACUGAGCAUCCUCUGUCCGGCUUACAUCCCCGUACAGAGUACUUUGUAAGCGUGCAAAGUACACAUGGAUCCACAACCAGUGCUCCAUCAUCCACCUCCUUCACCACUAGUGCUGACACUCCCCGGGACCUCACAGCCACUCAAAUCACAGCCCGAACUGCCAUGCUGACCUGGAAAGCGCCGGACAAUGUACCUGAUUCCUAUCUGCUCACUUACCAAACGCCACAAGGUGAAAUCAAGGAAAUCCGUGUUCUGUCCAAUCUCACAUUCUUCUUGUUGAGCCAGCUUGACUCAUCCACACUGUACAGAGUGCAGCUCCACGCCCUUCGGCAUGGCUCCACUUCCGCUCCCAUUUCCACCUCCUUUACUACAGGCCGUAUCAGAUACCCCUAUCCUCGGGACUGCUGGGAGCAGAGAAUGAAUGGAGAGGUGCAGAGUGGUCCAUUCAAUAUAUUUCUGGGGGGAGACAGUAAGGAGCAGAUGACAGUAUACUGUGAUAUGGAGUCAGAUGGAGGAGGCUGGAUUGUGUUCCAGAGGAGAAUGGAUGGAAGCAUAAACUUCUACCGUGAUUGGGCAGACUAUAAAAAUGGAUUUGGAAACAUGACCUCUGAAUUUUGGCUUGGUAACUUAGCUCUGCAUCAGAUCACCUCCUCGGCACCCUACGAGCUACGAGUGGACCUGCGUGCUGGAGAUGAGUCCGCUUACGCUGUGUAUGAUGAUUUCCGAGUCGAGGGUGAAAAUCAGCAAUUUAGACUGCGGCUGGGAAAAUACAGAGGAACAGCAGGGGACUCUAUGGACUAUCAUAACAAUAUGGUCUUCUCAACCCGUGACCGGGACACUCAGCGGAGGAUCCUGCCAUGUGCCAUGUCAUACCGAGGAGCGUGGUGGUACCGCAACUGCCACUAUGCCAAUCUCAACGGUCUAUACGCCAACAACAAAGACCACCAGGGUGUAAACUGGAAAACGUGGAAAGGUUUUGAAUUUUCCAUCCCUUUCACCGAGAUGAAAAUGCGUCCACGAGGCAUGGGCAACUGGCGCCGAUUAUAGAACCCCCGACACAAUCUGGAACCACUCAACUGAAAACUGGAAGCAAUGUGGCACCUCCCGAAAACCCCAGCACAAGUCCAGCCAUCCUUACAGGAUGCCCACCAAGGUCAAAAACAAGGGAACUGAAAUAUUUAGUGGCUGUAAAAACUUGUGUCAUAUAUAUAAAAAAAAAAAUGUCACCUGGAUUGUUGUUUGUGGGUAAGAGACUUGGACUCAAGCAACCUUAGUCCUACAUCACCAAUUUGAUGUUCAGGGUUUUGAAGAACAUCUAAAGAAUAUGGAAUUUCCAGUGCUGUAUCCUGCUAAAAACCGGACCAUGAAACGCGUUAUCAGGAGUAAGCUAAAAUAUAACAAAAAACGUUAUGGAGCAUCAGGAGAAAGCUAAACUAGGUAGCUGAGGGAUCCAGAAUGCAUAUAUUGGGAAUAUACAAUUUGGGGUGUAACACAUGGAAGAAAUGCCUUAGUGUCGUAUCUUCAAACAGCUCUUGCACUUUUUGUCUCCCUUGAAGCACAGUUGCUCAUAUUUCCUAUGUCAUGAUGCAUUUGGCCUACAAACAAGUACAGCUUCCAUUUAAAUAGAUGAAUUUUAUUCAUAACUUGCUAGUAAAACUGCAGCACAUGUAAAAAAACACACUUGAUGCAGGCACACGAUUGACACACAUAGGUAGAUUCACAAACAUUGCCCUAACUUUAGG